AUUUCGACGCGAACGGUAUAAUUUGUGAUUUUAUGUUUGUGAUAUAGGACAUUAAGACUUUUGUGUGAAAAGGUUCAACAGCUAUAAAUUGGAUGGUUUGAUCGAUUCGAACCACUACAGCGAAACCAAACAACUGCAUCAUUGCACUGUCUCUUGAUUUAGGAUGUAGUGUGUUUUAUUAUACAAAAGUUUGCUCGAUGGACAGUUGUUCGAUGUAAUACCUCAAUUUUGGGUUUUGGAUAAUUUUAAAUAAGGUCUUUGGACUGUUUGGAUCAAACGUCAAACAAAUAUGUGCAAUAUUUAUGGAUGGCAAGCUAAAAACACGGUUCGUGAAAACUGUAAAGUGAAACAUUGUAAUUAUAGAAAGAAUAAUGUAAAAGCAAAGAAAAAGAUGAAUGGAAACCUUAUAAGUAUUUAAAUUCUGUUAAUUUAAAUGUGUUAUUAUAACAGUAUAAGAAAAUAAAAAUAGUAUAAAAUGGUGAUAAAUCGUGGUGAUAUAAAACGAAAAAGGAAAGAUGACGACAAUAUCUUAUUGGAGGAUAGUCCUAAAAGGACUAAAGUACAUGCACAGAGAAAGUUUGCCCAAGGAACGGUUAUCAACACCAGUCCUGUUCUCACCCCAAUUAGAGAAUUUGAUAAACCUGAGAAAUCACGACCAGAUGUUUUACCAGAACCUCAAGAACUGCUACCUAUGAAACGACCUCAUACUGAGGACUUUCUAACUUUUCUGUGCUUUCGUGGGACUUCCAUGUUACCUCCAAGUUUAAAUUUCUUUAGUAAUGCUACUAUCACAGACUCUUCCUCUGAGCAAGGUGAUUCUCCUAUUUCCCAGCCUCAAAACCUGCCAAUACCAUCAUGCAGCAUCCACAAUGCUAAAUCAGAAUCGGGAAAAGAGAGGCCCUUCAUUGCCUUUGGUGUUAGAAAAAGAGCUGAUCCAAUUUUAAUAAGUAAACAAAUGGACAAGAAGCGUAGACAUGCUCUCGCCCUUCAGGCAUUAAGGAGGAAAUAUCAAGAGCAACGUAUGGCAAAAAUACGAGCUGUAACUAUAAGCCACUUAUCUGAAAAGGUAACUAGUAAAAGCCUGGUUCGAACUCGAUCAGUUACUAAAAAUGAAACUUCGAUAAAGAAAAAUGUUACUCAUAAAACACGCGUCAAAGUUGUUUCUACUAAGGUAACAACUACAAAAACAUCGUUGAAAAAGCAACCAAUAAAUUCUCAAGUCCAGAAGAAACGAAUGUGUUUGAGGAGUUUUCGUGGAAGAUUCAAUCAUCAAGAAUUACAAGUUAAAGCGAAAAGGAGAAAACCUAUUGCAAAAAGUUUUUGUUUAGAAUCACCUGAAGAACUGAAAAAAGCAAAGACAACUAGCAAGGGAGAUGAAGAAUUGAAGAAAAUUACAGAAAACAAAAAAGUCAUUUCAAAAGAAGAUAUUUCAUCUGAAUUCUCCACAGAUGAUGAAGAACCACUGACAAAUAAUUCCAGAAAAUCGUCUUUACGACCAGUUACCAGAGUUCCUUUACGUAUUAUUCGAAAACCUGUAUGUAAAGCUCCAUAUGAAGAUAUAAAUACGAAAAUAACCAGAAGAAAUAUGACACCUGUAAGUAAGUCGUUUACAACAAGAAGCCAAGUGCUCAGAAAGCAGAAUACCCAACUUACAAAGAAAUUAAAAUCACCUGUCAAAUUAUCCAACUAUCCUAUUCUUCGAAGAUGCACUCUACUGCAAACUAAAGAAAUUAACAAGAAAACAAGAAAAGCAAUGUUAAAGAAAAAACACCAAAACGUUAUUGUGAAACAAAGAAGAAAUGCAGAAAAAGAAACUAACAACAAAAUGCACUGCAGAAAAAUUGGAAUGGGGACACGAAGAACAAAAGUAGAAACUGAAGAAAUUAAACCAAGAACUAUUAAAAAAGAAAAUGACUCUAAAACUGAAAAAGAAGAAAUCCAAAUAAAGUCGUCUUCUAUUUUAAAGAAAUCAGUAAAAUUGGAAAACAAUAAUAGUACAAUCAAAGAUGAAGAAAAAGAUAAAAUUAAGAAAACUGAAGAAAAAAACAGAAAGUCUAUUAAAAUAGAGAGUCCAGAAGAUAAGGAAUUCAAAAAAUCCAUCAGUGAUCAAAAAGAACAAGAAAUUAAUAAUAAAAAAAGCAAAACGUUUAAUAACACUGACAAUAAGAAGAAUCAGACAUUAAAAAAGCAAGAACCUGAGACCAAAAUAAAUACUAGAACAUCUACUCAAAAAGCAGAAAGAAACAAAGCACAAAAUGAAGAACAAAAAAAGUCUCCAAAAGAAAAAGUGGCAAUAGAAGAGUCAAAAGUGACUCCAAGACCUUCUAGAAAAACAAAAGAAGCUGCUGCAAUUUACAUGGAAAUUCUAGGACGCAAGUUGGUCAGUGAAGGAAAUAUUGAUGAAGACAAUAUUUCCAUCGACAGUUUUCCAGAGUUACCCAAUGUGCGCAGAACAGAACAAAGAGAAAAUGAAUUAAAAGCAAAAGCAAAAACUAAAACUUCAGAUUUAAAGAAAGCCUCGCCAGAAAAAACUGCAAAUGAACUUGCAAAGGAACGUACAAAAGAUUCCACUAAGAAUGAAAAUGUAAUUGAUUCAAAAAAAGAAAAGAGUUCUGAGAAGAAAUCAAAGAACAAUUUUUCAGGCAGAAAAGGCAAGACAAUCAAAUGUGAUGAAAAUAAUGAAAAAGUAGAAGAAAAGUUUUCAAAGGAAAAGCAAGCAAAAACAGAAAAAUGUGUGAAACCAUUGAUGCCGAAGCCCACACAAAAUUCUUCCAUAAAGAUAGAAGAAGUGGUAAAGCAAGCAAUAGAGCUCCUCUCCGUAAAUAAACAAAAAAUCACUGACUCUGAUACAGGUAGAUUAGCAAAAAGCCCAUCGUCAGAUCUUUCAGCAGAAAAAAUUAAAAUAUUAAACGAGAAAAAAGCUGAAUUGGGAAUGAAAAUUUCCAAAAAUGAAUCUUUAAGUGAAUCCGAUGAACCUGAAAUUUCACAAAAAUCUAAGCAAUUAAAACGAAAACGGUCAAUAAAAAAUCGAUCUCAAUCUAAUGUUAUCAAAGAUGAAUUAGAAAAUUCCUCAGAUUCAGAAUUUGACGUUAAAUUAUCUACUAACAAAAUGCGUGAUUUUCCAUUAAACGCACCCAAAAUGGAACAUAGCUUCAGUGACUCUGAUGAGGAACCAUUAUCAAAGUUAACACAAGUUAAAUUAGCUGCUUCAAAGGACCUUAAAAAGUCAUCAAAUAAAAACAUUGAAAAUGCAGACAAUAAAGUAUCAAUGGAGAGCAAAUCACCUGUUUUGGAAACUAAAAAAGAAACAAGAAUUUCAAAGUAUAAUCCCAAAAGAGAUUCUAGUCAAAGAAAUCCAAAGAAAAAGGCUGAAAAUCAAGAAAGACCCGCAUAUUCUAAGCCCAAACGAGAAUGUACAAAAAGGCCCUCCAAUUAUCUUACUAUGUUUUCAUCUUCUGAUGAUGAUGAUAAAUAUUUCCACGGUUUUGUGAAAAUUGAAAAUUCUAAACAACAUAAACAAGAAAGAAAGAAUACCCAUAUAGUUCAGUCAGCUGAUCUUCUUUGUAAAGAUGUUGAUAAAAGGUUUGGAAAAGGAAAAGUGAACAUGUCUACAGAACAAAUAGAAAAAUGGCUUAAAGAAAGUGCAUUGGCAGGUAGUAACAUGAAAAAAGAAGAAGAGGAAGAAAAUUUGGUGAAAUACGAGGAUAAAAUUCCAACUGAGACGUCAUUAAAUACAGAGUUUCACAAGAAUGUUAAUAUAACAGUCUUAAAGACGGUUCUUCUUCCUGAGACUGAAAUAUCUAAAGUAGAUACUACACUAGUUCCCGAUAUUAAAAUUCCCGAAAUAUUAAAAUCGCCCCUUGAAAAGAAUAUUAAGCUCAUUAAGACUUCAGAACGCAAGACUAUCUUUCGUAAAGAAAAAAAGGAAGACAAACCCAACACUAAUGCCUUUUCGCCUGAUAAUGAAAGCAGCGUUUACGCUUUUGAGGCCGAAACCGAAGAUUUAGUAAGCACACCCUUUCGUAGACCGGUACGUAGGCCAUCUAGUACGGCUACGUCAAAGUCUGAAGAUGAAUUUUCAAGGACCGAUGAUCCUAGAACUAUUAACAAAUUUCGAUUACCACUUGCAAUUAGAACAGAAAAUAUAAAACAUCAUAGCAAAGAAGUUUCGAUUAUUUCGUCAGCUGAUGAAUCCAGCGGCACCUCUCUGGCUCUACAAGUUAAUUUAGAAUCUUCAGAAACAUUCACGGAAGGGAUUGACUGUUCUGAAGAACAGAAUGGGGGAGAACAACUGUUUUACAUUCCCAUACAACCUGGAAAGCAGAACGUCAUUCAAGGAGUUGCCGUGAAACUAGGCACUGAAGGUCCCAAUCAAAAGGUGGUAAUGAAAGCAAAACUAGUGACUCAGACACAAACACAACUUCAUAAAACAGAAGACAAGGCUAACUCGAUGUUUCCACCUUCUUGUCAAAAACCAAAAUCAUUCGAAGCAAAAUCAUUUCAAAGAUCAAAAUCUUCUGAUGAUGACUUUAAAUACAAAGUACCGAGUUCUCCAAGUGCUAGUUCAUCAUCCAGUACAAAAGUAUGUAAACGUACAGUGGCAAAAACUAGAACAAAAACUGCAGAAGUGAUUUGUACUCCCACCAAAGUAGUUGACUUCCCAACUACUUCUGAUCUACCCCAAGUUGUAGAAGCUCCAGUAUUUUAUCCAAAUGAAAAAGAGUUCCAAGAUCCUUUGGAAUAUAUAGAAAAAAUAAGGCAAAAAGCUGAAAAGUUCGGCAUCUGUCGUAUAGUACCUCCAAGUACUUUCAAACCAGAAUGUAAAGUUUCUGAUGAAAUGCGGUUCACUGCAUACAACCAGUUGGUUCACAAAAUGUUACAUCGUUGGGGUCCCAACUUAAAAGAGCUUAUGGCCAUCAAGAAAUAUCUUCAGACUCAGAGCAUUAAUCUUACUCAUCCUCCUUGGAUCGGUGGAAUAGAAAUAGAUCUGCCCCGAUUAUAUCAAACAGUGCAGUCACUUGGGGGAUUGAAAGAAGUCAUAGAGAAAAAGAAAUGGCCGAAAGUUUCUGAAUUAAUGAGAAUUCCAAAAUCAGCUCAAGACAGGGUCACCAAACUAGAUGACAUCUAUUGUAAAUAUCUUUUACCCUAUGACACCUUGUCGCCAGCUGAACGUGAAAAGUUAUUUGAUGAAGUUGAAACGGAAUGGGCGAAACGGGAAUCGCGGGUGUUGCUUAGAACCCAAGAAAAGCUGGAUAAUAGUGAUAACGCAUCUAAUCAGUCAGAUCCUGAAAGCGACGACGAACUCGAUGAGUGUAUCGUCAAAGGACGUAAUAUGGCACUGAAUACGUUCUUUAGGAUUGCCAGGAACACAAUGAGCAUGUGGUUUAAAGCCGCAGAUCCUUCAGCUCAAGAAGUUGAACAAGAAUUUUGGAAACAUGUAAAUACAAGGCAGUAUCAUAUCUGUGUCCAUUCAGGCUCAAUAGACUCUGGAAAUUGGGGUUACGGUUUUGCAGUCUCAAAAAAUAGCCCAUUUGCUCGUCAUGCUUGGAAUUUAAAGGUUCUGACUAAUAACAGUGGUUCAAUUCUCCGAUCAAUGGGACCUGUCAUGGGAGUGACUGUACCCACUUUACACGUGGGCAUGGUGUUUACCGGUUGUUGCUGGUAUCGGGAUCCCCAUCAUCUUCCUUGGAUCGAAUAUUUGCAUACCGGGGGCAGUAAAAUCUGGUAUGGUAUCCCAGAUUCUAUGAGUGACCAAUUUCGGACCACUGUAACUAACCUGGUGCCAAACUAUUGCCAUAACAAGACCAUUUGGCUCCCCUCUGAUACCGCAAUGGUACCGCCAAACAUUCUGGUAGAAAAUGGUGUGUCACUCUGUAGAACUGUCCAGGAACCCGGACACUACAUAGUCGUUUUCCCUAAAGCAUUCACAUCUAAUAUUUGCACCGGUUAUGUAGUCUCAGAAAGUGUUUAUUUCGCUCCCGCCAGCUGGCUUAAAACUGCCCAGAAAGUAUUUGAACACAUGAAGAACAGCUGCGAGCCUUCCAUGUUCUCCCUAGACCAGUUAAUUCUUAGUAUUGCAGCAGAUAGUCGAUCUCAUGUUGAUGUUUUGAAGCAAAUCGUCCCCAAAAUUCAAGAUCUUUGCAAGCGUGAAAUUACCGAAAGAAAAAAGUUGCAAACUUUGGGUCUUAUUAAGCUUGAAAAAGUGCCAAAACCGGAAGCUGUGGGAGCAAGAAGACGAAGAAAAAUGCAAAAUGAAAGCGGAGAUUAUGAAUGUGAAAUUUGUCGAACAAACCUUUUUGUCUCAUGGGUUAUUGAAAAUCAAGAAGACAGUAUUUAUUGUCUAGAGCAUGCCAUCGAAAAUAUUGAAAAAAAGAAUAUGGACGUUAGCAAUUGUAAGCUCAUGUUCACAUAUGAUGACGAUGAAAUAAAUGGAUUGGUUGAGAAAAUAGAAAAUAACAUAAUGAGCAAAUUGAACAAGAAAUCGGGAGGUAAAACGGCGAGCACCCAAGCGACGCAGUAAGUAUUUGCAAUCGAAAUUUCGAAGUGGCGCUAAGAUCUGUGUAUUUAUAACGUUUGCAAUUUAUUAACAUAAAAAGACACGUAGAAGAAUCUAUAUUUUUGUAGGUUGAGUUUCAAAUUUAUUUAUUGAAAAAGAAAAUUAAGUACCAAUAGUGAUAUUAGUUUCUGCUUUUUAAAAAAGAAAAUGUUUGCUUGUUUGAAUAAUAAAAGUGAUAAGAAAAAAUCGCUUUUGUAUCACUUCGUAAGAAAAAUCCAAUAGAUUAAUUAUUUCAUUUAUUAAUUUAAAAUUAAAUCUAUUCCCUGUGCAUUGCAAAAUUGUUUAACAGUAACAACUUUAUAGAGAGGCCUUAAAAUUAAUUUGAAAUAGCAAGCAUAAGGUGAAGAGAUAGUUUAUCAUACUGAAAGAUAAGUUAUGAAAAUAUCAACAUUUUUUAAAUGUAUCCCUAAAGCUACAAUUUUUAAUGAAAUUCAAGAAUAUUAUGAUUAAA